AUGACCACCGGCUUCUACCAUCUGCUCCGUCGCGCUGCAGCCGAUCCUGCGAGCCUUGUCCGCACUUGUCCUGAUGGAAUGCCGCGAAUAGUGCGAAAGAUCCUCGGCAAGCGAGAUCUUUCUGAGAAAGACUUGCUUGCCCUCCCCAUCGUGCCGUCACCGUGUAACCGUCGUCUGGUGUACGUGGAUGUCGCAACUCGCCUCCGUCAAGAGCAAGUCCGAGAAGUAACAAGGAACUUCCGGGGUCGGCCUAAGCCGUACAAGGCUGCCACGCCAUCUGACUUAGAGGAUGCACUUGGGAUCAAGUUAUUUGUCGGGUUGAGUCUGAAUAGACUCGGUGGGCAUACACGAAUCCGACAGCAUGAAGGCAUCGCCAACGGUCAUCUGAAGAAGGUGAUCAAUAUGCACUAUGAUGAGGUGUUGAAGCCGGAUGUCAUCUGCAACUUUCGGAUGAUCAGCGUGUAUCAAAACCCUUAUGCCGAUCAUAGUUAUGACGGCCAAGACCCGUCGCGAUGGGUAGCCCCAUUCGUUGAGGGGUUGAUCAUGGUGUAUCUGGGGCUCUAUACGGAGAAAAAUAGAAGCUCGUCAAAGCCUCACUUUUCCCCCCAGUGUUCCUAUCCGUAA